AAUCUUCAGACAACGGUCGGAAACAUCUCCGGACUGUUCCAGGUGCAUGUGGCCACUACGUUACCGGUCAGACUGCUCCUCGGAAGGCCGUUCCUAACCCUGUUCAAGUGUUUGACUCAAGAUUUCGAGGAUGGGUACCAGGAGAUUACCUUCACCUGUCCUACUAAGUCAAAGACUGCUGUCGUCACAACCUGCUUGUUGAACCCGCACGUGUCUGAGGAUUUUCAAGAGUCGAGGAACUGA